UUUUUAAAUUUAAUUAUUGCAGUCUUAACUGUAUAUAACUUUCAUUUUCUACAGUUUUUAUUCUUUACAUAUUUUCAUUACAUAAUCUUUAGGUUACGUUGCAAGCAAUUUUUAAGGUCCUAUUUUUCUUGGGUAAAUAUUUUUCAUAUAUUUCUAAACAAACUACUCUAAACUUUUUCGGACUAUGUGUUUCUUUGGCCAUCUUUUUCCUUUUUCUAUUCUAUAUAUCUCACUGAUUUAGCUGUCUAUUUCCAUUUCUUUUUCCAUACUUCUUUGCAAUCACUGAGUGUUCUUAGUGGGGAAGAAUUGCAGACAGGUGGCAGUCUGGCGGCUAUAUGGACCGAAUCCCACAGAUCAAUGCAUUAUAUCAACUUGUGAAAAAUAAAUCAUUUCUACUCUGUAGGAUUCGAACCUGAGCCUGGCCAGUACUUGCGCUCGGAGACAAGAGUGUUAUCCACUCGACCACAAGUACUGGUAAUUUAAAGUUAUAAAAAAACGAAUUAAACAAUCAAAAAUAUAAAAAUGAAAGAGAUGCACCUACGGAUUUUGUAAUUCUACAAAUGCACAUUUUUUAAAUUUUAUUCAAUUUAAAUUUAAUUCACUUAUUUCAAAAUUUAAAAAAUUGACAACUAUCAGCUACAUUCACACUCAUCAACAUUUCCGGAUCCGAGCAUGAGCACGAGGGUUCAAGAAAAAAAAAAGACCUACUAGUCGAUGUUUAUUCAAAUAAAAUAAUUUUGAAUAUUUAUUUAAAUUUUGAAGUAAAAUAACAAUGGAUACAGGUAUCAAAGUUAAAAUAACUAGUAACAAUGAGUGUUUAUUUGAUAAAUCAAUUGACAGUUCAAAUAAUAAAAAUAACAAAAUAAGUAAUUUAGCUGAAAACUUGAAAGUGAUGCAACAACAAGUCAAUGACUUCAUGACAACUUUAAUUGAAUCUCAACAGGUAUCCAGCAAAGAUGAAUGUCCUGAAGUAUCCAGUGAAGACGAAGAUUCAGAUGAUGAUAAUGAUGGAGAUACGAUAGAUACUAAAAAAUGUAAAUUGAAAUAAAAUUAUAGACCGGUUUUAAUAAGCGCACCGUUAUCUAUACUUGUUUUAAAAAAAAAAAUAAAUUGACAGUUGAGAAAACGAG